CGAGUGGGCCCACUCAUCUUGUUGUCGAGCCCGCACGCCUGCAAGCCUGCAAUGCAGGCCUGACAAGCCUGACAAGCCCGACGAAUUAACCAGGGUCCAGAACAGGCUGAACUGGGAAAGAGGGCGGCCUCUGCCUGCUCUGCCUAACCUAAUCCUCACCUCGGGCAGACAAGAGUGGGCGAGGGAGUGAGUGAGGGAGCUAACAGCGGGUGGUACUGAGUACCUAGGUACUUACAUUGCUUUAGUCUACUCUGUACUGCCACUCACUGCCCGACGAGCUCGCGUCUGUCUGUUCCAGGGCCUGGACCUGACUGGACCUGGACCCGGACCCGGACAAGGAACUGACCUGCCAGCCUGCGACGUGACGAAUAUCUCGUGCCCAACACCAACAACCACCUCCAUUCACUUCUACUUUCCCUCCUUCUCCUCGUCCUCCAGAAAACACCACCGUCACCGUCACCGCCACCGCAGCCCGUCCGCAAUGUCAGGGCCAGGUUCUCCAGGGCAGGAGGGCCCCACGUUUGCCCCGCCACAUCUCCCUCCAGGCUGGAUUGCGCAAUGGGACGCAAGCAGCAGGAAGUACUACUACGUCCAACUGUCCACCGGCGUGUCGCAGUGGGACGUCCCGACAGACGCUGCCCCCGUCGGAGGAGGCACGCCCGCCUCGCAGACCGAGCACCCCUACGGCGUACCCGGCCAGCGGCAGCUCAUCACCCACCCCGACGGCACCCAGACCGUCAAGCACCCGGACGGCUCGCUGGAGCCCGUCAUGCCCAACGAGGCCGGCGCCACGAGGGGCAUUGACGGCGAUGGUCCCAGUGGCGAUAGGGGCCUUGGUACCAUGGCCAUGAACGCAUUGCUUGGUGGCAAGCAGGGCGGCAGCGGCGGCCACAACUCGGCCAGCAGCCCCUUUGGCGGCCUCGCGAACCAGGUCCUCAGCGGCCUCACACAGAGCAACGGCGGCGGCCACGGCCAGCAACAACACCACGGCUCAUCGGGCGCAUCCAGCGGCCUCGGCGGUAAGCUCGUCGGCCAGCUGACCUCCAACCUCUUCUCCUCGGGCAGCAAGCCGUCCCAGCCCCAGAACUACCACAGCGGCCAGUCCGCCCAGUCGUCCCACAGUUCUGGCGGCAUGGCAGGCUCCAUGAUGGGCUCUGUCGCACACAUGUUUGGCGGUCAAUCCGGCGCUUCGAACCAAAACUUUGGAUACAGCAAUGCAGGCCAGACAGGGACCUACAGCGGCUCUGCGCCUCCAACCACAUACCAGCCCCCGGGCUCGUCCUCGCAGCACCAGUCCCCCGCCCAAGGACACAGCGCCCAGACGACCCACAGCAGCCAGCCCGCGAGCACUCCCUCCUACCAUGCGCCCCAACAUACCCCGAGCUUCCCCCCGCCGCCAGGCCAGUACGAGGGCCAGCACGGCUACGCAGGCCACCAGCAGCCACAGCAACAGCAACAACACACGCCGUAUGGCCAGCACGGGCAGAUACCAGGUCCGCCAUCCGGCGCACCUCCUUCGCAAUACGGCCAGUCGCAGUAUGCGCAGGGCUAUGGCCACUCGCAAGCGCCCCCGGCGUAUGGGGGCCAUCAGCAGGGCGGAUACAACGGGGGCACGCCAUCGUACCCCCCGCCCCCGGGCCAAUACCCAGGCCAGGGAGGGUACGGCGCGCAGGACCGCGGGAUGCCACACCACUACGGCAGCAAUCCUGCAUACUAGGCGGGCGGGCGCUUGCUUCUGUGAUCGAACAAGGAAGUGGUUGGCUUAACUGGAUGAUCCAUCCUGGGAAACAUUUAGACUGGCCGUCGGAUCAAUCGAGUCGUGGUUUGAAGAGGGGUUCAUUCCCACGGGCCAUCAUUAUUAUAUGCAACAAGGCAGGGGCGAGGGGUUGAGGGCAUCAUGUGGGUGAGAAAAGCAGGUGUCAUAGACCAGACCGAUUAUACCACGAGCGAGGAACGCAUGGCGGGGCAGCAGCAGCAGCAGUUGAACAGAGCUUCGGUGGUCGAGCGGCUCUCUCAAAAGGGGUUUUUUUUCUUAUGGUGCUAUCAUAAUUCAGCUAGCUACGUACAUGUUUUUGCAACAAGAGAGAGAGAGAAGAAGAAGAAGACGACAGAGAAAAAGAAGAGAAGAAAGCUCAGCACACCCGGCAAGGGGCGGCGGGCACACACAGCCGCCCAGGCCCCUACCGCGUCUUCUUCUGCUCCCCGCCCUGCUGCGGACGGCCACCGUCCCCAUCCCCGUCCCCGUCCCCGUCCUCGGCCACCAUGAGCCCCCUCACGCGCGGCAUGAUGACGCGCGACGCCAGCGCCCACGACAGGGCGGCGGCCAGCACGGCGAGCCCGGCCGCGGGGGCGAGGGUCCGCGGCAGGACGUUGAGCACAAAGGGGUCCAGGAUGAGGUCCGCGAGGACGGGCUCCGGGCGGCGCAUCAGCGCGGCGUCCGUGGUGAAGUAGUCGGCGGCGGCGUCGACGCGCAGGAAGAGGACCGAGGAGAGGCGGUCGCCGUGGCCGUCCCCGGUGGUGCCGUCUUGGUACGGGCGGCGAGUCGUCGUGGGUUCCCCCCGCCUGGACGUGGAGUAGUUGUGGAGCGAGGUGAUGAGCUCCGGGGUGUCGAAUACCUCUGGCAGGGUGUGGGUCUCUAGGCGGAAUGCUGUCGGCUGCUGUUGGGCGGGGGGAGGCGCGGAGGCGGGUUGUUGUUAGUGUGUGCGUGUGUUUUUGUGUUGUACCCCAUCUCGGUUGUAUGAUAUGAAUGAGAAAAGAGGGAACUCACGGUGGCCAGCCAGCAGAUGCGGACCUCAUAGCGCCGGCCCUCGGCGAGGCCGUCGAGGAUGAACCACGAUGAGCUGCCGCGGCUCGAGUCCUGUGUCGGGAAGGACGCGUCAAUGUGGGUCCUGAGCGACCAGUUGUCGUCGUCGGGCGUGAGGGUGUCGAUGUUCAGGGCCGACAGCGACGGCUGCUGGCUGGGGAUGUUGACGGGCUCCGGGCCGAGGAAGAUGGUCUUCUCGACGUUUGCGGCGGCGGGGGAUAUGGAUAUGCCCAGUGCGAGGCAUAUGAGGCUGGCGAGGAGCAUUGUUCUGGAGAGUGGCCCUCUCUCAUAUGAGAGGGAGUGCUGUUACUGUGUAAGAGGUGUGUACAUUGAUACCUAGUGGUAGUGUAAAGGGGAUGGGUGAGAGGCGUAGCACCAGCCACAAUUGAGAAGCGGGAUGCACCGCCACAGUA